AUGCAUAUCUCGGACGACUUCCAGACGCUUUGCGAGCGUGUCCAAACAAUGGUUCGCCAACGACGCCGUAAGGAGAAACGUCACAUGGAGAUUUCUGCACCUUUUGGCUUCGAAAAGAACCCAGUCAACCUCCCAGGAGUCUCAGAGGAGCAACUCUCUAUGCUUCGAGAACAAGCCGCCGCCAGUCGAAUCGGCAUCGCAGACCCUCCCAGUCCUACCGCCCCUCGCUCACCCUGCUCAACCUCGAGCCUCUUCUCCCAUCCAGUCCGACCACCCAUCAAGACUGUUCCAACAUCCACUUCUCUCUCGUCCACCGACAGCCUCAACUAA